AUGGACGGAGAGCAUCGCCACCACGACCGGAGUUUUGAGAUCGAUCCGCUGAUCAUCGGCCUCCUUGGGAUCAUGGUCGGAGCCAUCGUGGUUGCGACCUACCACUGCAUCGUCGUCGGCCUCCCCAACCGCAACGCAGCACCCCAUCAGGCUCAGCUCAGUAGUAAUUCCGACGAGCAUGAUCAAGAGAGUGACCAUCGGGCUCGGAGGCCAAGACGGGCCGGGCCGGGCCUUGCCCUGGUGGAGCUGGACCUGGCCAUGAUCCGUGACGACAAGGAGGGCUCGGGAGAGGAAGACACGUGCGCCGUGUGCCUUUCCGAGUUCGACGACGGGGUGUCGGUUCGGGUGCUGCCCGAGUGCAUGCACUACUUCCACGCGGCUUGCGUCGACGCGUGGCUCUACUCGCAUGCCAGUUGCCCGCUGUGCCGAGCCAAGGCAGGUCCUCCGGCGGAUGUCGCGUUCGCUAUGGCGGAAUUCGGCGGCGUUCCGGCGACGGAGCAACACAGAGAGGAGGUUUCCGGGGAUUUGGAUCCGGCCCGGGGUAGUAACAACGAGGUUUAG